AUGGCUGCUCCCAAGACGAUAGAUUUCUUUAAAGGCCAUGCUACUUUAGGCCUAUUGCCUUCGGACCAAAUCGCCGCUGCCUAUGAUAAGAUUCUCAAAGAAGAGCCAUAUCCACAUUAUCAGCGGGAUGCUCAGAAUACCCAUCCCCUCCACUAUGGAACAGAUCCUGGAAACUUGCGGAUUAGAGAGAAUGUUGUCAAGUGGGCCAAUGGGAAGUUUGGCCGUACGCAAAAUGACCCCAACAAAAUCAACCUAACUGGAGGCGCUUCAUAUGGCGCAGCAAACAUAUUGACAUCUUGCACUAGUUCCUCUGUCACAAUCCAGGCAUUUGCAGUUUCUCCCACGUACUUUUUGAUCAAUUAUGCAUUCAUGGAUGCUGGCUUUGAAGGGAAAAUGACCGCCAUAAAGGAGACUCCAGGAGAAAAAUAUGAUAUUGAUAUCGAUAGGUUAGAGACAAGGUUGAAGGAAUUGGAUGCAGAGAAUGGACUCCAGGAAGUGAAAGAAACAGAAGUCAACAUCUUUGAAGACCCUACAGGCCGUGGCCCGAGAAAAAUGUACCGUUAUGUCAUGUAUCUUGUUCCAACGUUUUCUAAUCCUGGAGCUAUCACAUAUUCUGUGCAAACGAGGAAAAAGUUGCUAGAGGUGGCCCGAAAGCACGAUCUCCUUUUGAUUUGUGAUGAUGUAUACGACUACUUGUGUUACGAUCUUCAACCGAAAGUACCCAAGCUAAGCCAUUUGGACGAGGACAGCUUACCUGAUGGUUUCAAGUACGGCAACACCGUUUCAAAUUGCUCCUUCUCGAAGAUUAUAGCUCCAGGGUUACGCGUGGGUUGGCAAGAAACAGCCACUCCGCUUUUAGCCAAGCAGUUAGCUUCUACCGGAGCCAACAUCUCCGGUGGAACGCCUGGUCAGUUAAGCACAUUUGUUGUUAACAACUUCAUCUUGUCCGGAGAGUUAGACAAGAGCAUUGAAGUAUUUGCCAACGCCUUCAAAUCUCGUGCACAAACUUUGCGGUCUGCUGUAGCCAAGCAUCUUCCAGUAAACCAUAUGAAAUUUUAUGGCGGCGAUGGCGGCUACUUUUGCUGGGUCUACAUCGACAGCCCCAACUUUGAUCUUGAGCAAACGUUGAAGAUUGUCCAAGAGAAACAUAGCGUCCGCAUUCCAAACGGAAACUUCUUCGAAGUUGCUGGAGACCCUGUUGGAUGGGGCAAAAGCGGAGCACGGCUAUGCGUGGCACUUCUUACGGAAGAGGAGAUAGAAGAGGGAAUCGAAAAAUGGGGUUCUGUGAUCAGAAGCUUACAUCCCGAAUUAUACUAA